AUCAAUAUGAAUAUGCUAGAGUCCUCUAGAAUAUAUGGGAACACUCUAGAGGUGUCAUCCCAGUGUAUAAAAGAGGAGAGCAAUCGCUCACAUCCAGCAUUGAUCAAGUCUAUUUGUUUCUAGCAUUCACCUGGCAAAUCUCUUGCCCACAUGGCUUUGUAUUUCUACAGCAAUGGCGGUUCAAACAUCUUGGAUCCCUUUGAGGAGAUCUCGUCCAUCUUUUCUUGUGGCAACAGCAGCGCCGCCGCCAACACUCGCGUGGAUUGGGUCGAGACACCCGAGGCACACAUCUUCAAGGCCGAUCUCCCGGGUGUGAGUAGAGAGCAAGUGAAGAUCAGCGUGGAGGACGGCCGCACUCUCCAGAUCAGUGGCGAGAGGAAGAAGCACGAGUCUGACAAGAGCGAUAAGUGGCACCGCGUGGAGCGCAGCCACGGCAGCUUCUUGCGGAAAUUCCGGCUGCCCGACAGUGCGAAUGUGGAGGCGAUCAAAGCGACAGUAGAACACGGUGUCCUCACUGUCACAAUUCCAAAGAUCCCCAAGCCACAGCCACGAACAAUCCAAAUAGAAUAGAGAGCGGUGAAAUGGAUGGGAAUAAAGUGAAAGCUCUCUUUUAACUUUUAUUUAUAGUUUUUUUAAUUAUUGUACGUUUAAGAAUUAUAAACAAGGUGGGC